CCAACCUCACUCUGCUUGGUUUGCUUUUAUUUAUUUUUUGCCGGUGCCAAUGUCAACAAUACAAGAAGAAAAAACAGAAGCAAGCGUGAAAAGAAGAAACGGGCAGAAAGGAAUCUCUGUUUGGCAGGAGGACAUCACAUGUGAGCGUGUUUUUGCCAGCGAGUGAGCAUGAAUGUAACUUAAUCUGGCUUCGAAAAGACCUGGGGAGGCCGAAACCUCUUAACCUUCUCGCCUUCCUUGACACCGAUGGGCUAUGUGUCAGCUGAUGAGAGCUAACAGGGGAGAACGGCACCUAACAGCACGCACGGUCGUAAACAACAACUGCUGAUCUGCUGAGACUGGAAAGUAUCUUGGCGUAAUUUGGAAAACACUCUCCACCCUAAGUGUUGUGUGGAAGAGGGGCUGUGGUUUUCCAGAUAACUGGAGGGCUUAAUUACUCUUUUGGGUUUCGAAAUUACGCCUGGAGUCUUAAAACCAAGUGGACGGGAACAAACUUGAAGGAAAUGAUUUAAAGAUGUCAUUGCGGUCCAUGAAACGGAGAUGAAGUGAAGGGAGUUGGAAGUGUUUUACGGCCGGGUCAGAAUCGUGAUGUGGGAGUCUGCAACCAAAGGGACAACAAAGUGGCUCAUGGCUGAAGCUUUUCAGGUCAUGCAUGGAUAUGAGUUAUGCGGCUGCAAUAUUUGGAACCACUUCUACAUAUAAACCAAUGGAUGCGUGUCUAAAUAUUAAUAUACCACGGUAAAGCUACUUCAUUACUGGACUUUAUUUCCCUGAAUGAGGAUGAGAGGAGACCGGAGAUCCGCUUCCUUCCACAAGGAGAAGCCGGCGGGCUUGUCUCGGGCCCUCAGCUGGCUCAACCUCUCCCACCAGAGGAAACGCAUCUUCCACAGCCAAAACGAGCUCCACGUGGCUCACAACCACCAAACACACUCCCGCUCGCGCACCAGUCUACAUUUGGCACACAGAGACGAGGAUGAAGACGUUGAUAACUGGGUGUACCGGCCUCAACACAAAAUAGCUGUGUCUAACCUGGACGAGGAGAGCAAGUGGACGGUUCACUACACAGCUCCGUGGCAUCAGCAGGAGAACGUCUUCCUGCCGGGCAGCAGGCCGCCCUGCGUGGAGGAUCUCCACCGCCAGGCCAAGGUCAACCUCAAGACUGCCCUCCGAGAAUGUGAUAAGUUGAGGAAAGAUGGUUUCCGGAGUUCUCAGUACUACUCUCAGGGUCCCACCUUCUCAGACCCCAAAGAGUCUACCAGCAGCCUCCAGGAUGAUGAAGAUGAUGAAAAUGACAAAAAGUCCACGGCUUCGUCCCUGGAAGACGACACAUCUCAGCUCUCUAUGAGAUGUCAGACGCCACAGAGAGGGGGGGAAGCAGGGGACGCGUCAGAGGUCGACGGACAGGUGGUGUGGAAAAAGGCGGCGCCCCUCCCGACCCCGGAGGAGAAGAUGAGGCAGGCAGCUCAGGCCGUGCCGACAGACGUAGUCCCCAUCAACGUCACAGCAACAAAAGCACGAGGCGGAGAGCUUCGGCCACAUUCCAUGUUCCUUCCAGGACAGUACUCCACUUUGGGCCGAGUUGGGAGCGUCAACUCAACCCUCCGACAUUCUGAUACCAGAGACACGAGCUGCCAGACGGAGGAGGUGAAGAUCGUACCCCCGUCCAUGAGAAGGAUCCGGGCGCAGAGAGGACAGGGCAUUGCUGCUCAGAUGGCAGGCUUAUCUGUUUCCUCUUCCACAGGAAGUAUCUCCAUCUCCAGCACAGACAGCUCCGGCGUCUUAAUGAUGCAUCAGUUUAACGGAGACCCUUCACGUUUUCACAGUCUGCCCCGACAGGGCGCCAGGGUAUCCCUCAGUGCCGAUCCCAUCUACAGCAGUACACCCAUAAAGUCAGAAGAUCGGCCUCAAAGGCAGAUCGGAAAGUUUCAGGUUGACGGUACAGUGGUACACAUGAGGAAUGCUCCAAGGACAAACUCUUUGCCCAGGCCCAAGUCUCAGGAGGUGAGGGGGACUCAGUCCGGUGAGUGGGAUGACAGUACAGCAUGUGUGGUGUCCCCUCAUGCUGCCUAUUCCACCUCCUACAUCCCCAGUGCCACCCUGUCUUGCUCCACGGAGGUCAUUACCCUCAAGACGUCCACUCAUUUACCUCAGUCACCAAAUUCAGUUUACAACUCACCAGGACCACCCAUUAUGACUUCUUCCACUAACACAAACCCACUGGUCUCUAGUCCAGCAGCUUUUUCCCACAGCUACACCAGCCCGGCUUUGGCCACAUCUACUCCUAAACACAUAGCACAGGAGAAUGGUCCAGCUAGUGAGUCAGGUCACUCAGACAGCAGCAUUCACAGUCACAGCACCUUAGCCCCCUCUCCUCCAUCCUGUCCACCAGAAGAACAAUGGAUCUACGACACACCUGAAAAUGUGGUAGCUCCACACCGCACUCUGACCUCCAGCUGCUCCACUCCUAUCAACCAGUUAUACAGCAGCCUGGAUCACUCCUCCAGGACCACAACUGAUUCCAGCUCCCUGUACUCCCAGGACAAUGAUGGCUACUUCACUUCCAUGCACCUGGACUCAGGCCUGCGCUCUCGGAGUCACGGUAGUGGGCACGGAGCAGCAGCUGGACGGGCCACUCGACACAGCAUGUACGAGUGCCGUGAGAUGGGCAGUCAGGAGGACUCUGGGAGCCUGUACAGUGACCGUUCUCUGUCUCGCAGCAUCUCCCUCCGCAAGUCUAAAAAGCCUCCGCCUCCCCCAUCUCGUACAGAUUCUCUCAGACGCAAACCUGGAGUAAAAAAGCCUCUUGGGGGCGUCAGUGCCCUCAACGGAGCUCAUGAGCCCCAUGGUUUGCUCAAUGAAACGCUCAUUGCCAGCUUGCAGCAGAGCUUACAGAUGGGACUGAGACGAGGCAAGGGAAAAGGCGCCUCACCAUCUUCACCUUCUCACAGCCCGAGCAGCGACUAUGACGACCCUUGGGUGCUGCGGUCCCGUAGUCAGAGUAGCGUCAGCGCAUGUAGCUCUGCAGCGUCACUGGCAGCUAACUGUGGCGGCGUGUCAAACGCAUACUCCUUAUGCCACGUGACGCCAACUCACAGCGAUACCAGCAGCUUACGUUCUGACUAUGCAGAUUCCUGGGGAUACUACACGGAGUACCCUCGUAACCAUGGAGACCAGAGGACGCGGACUCCUCCGGCACAGGGCACAGAAAACCUACCGGCUGUGGUUCACACAGAAGCCUUACAGAAUGGAGGAGAAAUUCACAAUAAUCAGGCCCAGGGAGCUCCAGGUCAGGAGGGAGGGGAGUCGAUGAAGGCCAAACCCUCCAGCUCCUCACCAGACAGGGUGCACAGACUCACCUCUCCAUCCAGUGGCUACUCCAGCCAAUCCAACACCCCCACAGCUGGAACACCAGUCCCCGCUCUCAUCAGCAGGUCUCCCUCAGGCAGCCGGCCCAAACCCAAAGUGCCAGAGAGGAAGUCUUCUCUCCUGUCCUCAGUUUCUGUCUCCUCCUCCUCUACUUCACUUUCCUCCAACACGUCGGACUCACUGAAGAGCUCCGGUCCUCCCCCACCACCACCUCCACCCCUGCCUCUCUCUUCAGCUUUCAGCACCCCUCUCAACCCUCCUUCGCCCUACCCUCCACCUCUACCACUGAGUUCUGAUGCAGAAUCCCCCUCUCCUCCGCCACUCCCUGACCCAUUCCCGUACACUCCCUGGGAUACCCCUCUGAGUCCAGUCCCUGCUUGCUGCACUUCCCCAGAAUUCCCUCCUCCUCCCUCUCCUGAUAUACUGAUCCACACUAGUUCUUCCUUCAAUGGGAGCCUCAGUCCUCCUCCUCCCCCUCCUCUGCCCUCCAUAGAGCCCACUCCUCCUCCACCACCUCCUCCUCCUCCUCUGCCUCCUCUUGUACCAGCAUUCUCUUUCCCCAAGAAGGCAGCAAAGAUUGCUCCUAAACCUGAUCUCGCCACCAGCCCAACAAAGUCACCUAAGCCCCUCAUUACCCCGUUUGCCCUGCAGAGUGUUCAGCUCCGUUCAGUCAAACGUUCAGAAAAGGAAAUCAACGGCAGUUUGGAUCACAUCAAAGCUCAGGAAACGAUGAAAACCAUUCAAGGUCUAAAACCGCAGACCCUAGAGUCUUUUUACACCCAGAUGAAUUCCACUGUGUUCACCCUGUUGGACAGCUGUGCAGAAGAUGAGCUGCGGACGUCCUCACCAUCGCCCGUGUCAAAACUUUUGGAGGAGUUGUCGCUAGACUGCAGUUUCCCAGAGGAAACAGCAGAUAGUGCUGUCAUGAAUGGAAACACUGAGCACCAGAGUUACUCUCUGGUUAAAGCAUUGCCCAGUCCUCCACAAAGCUGUGAAAGUUCCCCCAGCAAACAGAAGCCCCCAGCAGUCUCCAAGAAACCCAAACUCUCCUUCAUCUCUCCAUUUAACCCCCAACGAAUCACCGAACAUGCUCCACCUCUUCAUGAGGGAACAACUAUUCAUACCAGAACAGAAGACCAAGUGGAUGCACUGCAAAGACAAACAGAGGAGGAGGUGAAAGAGGAGAGAAGAGAGCACCAGGAGAAGGAGGACACUCCAGAAAGCUCAGAGCUUUUAACAGAAAAGAGUGAGGCAUUAAUUGAAUUUCAGGAGGAGUUCUCCAUUAGUGCCCCUCCAAACCAGGAGAUGAGUGAUGACCACGAAGUCUGUCCUAAUGGAGAUAUUAAUGAAGAAGAAGACGAGGAGGGAGAUGGAACAAGCAGCGUUACAGAAUCCAUCAGCUCCAAGGAGGAUGAUACAAGCGAAGUUUUUGAACCCAGCACGGCUGAAUCGUCUCCGAUUCCACCUGCCAACGGGGAGCCCGAGGAGAUCAUGGUGACCCCGACUCCGAACCGGCCCCGAACCACAGACGACCUCUUCGCCGCGAUACACAGGUCAAAGCGAAAGAUCCUGGGUCGCAAGGAGUCUGAAGAAGACAAGUCCCGGGCUGGGAGCAAUUCACAGUCCCCACCUUCCACCCCCACCAGCACGUCCCCUGUGGUGGUGUCCUCUCUGCCCCGUCAGGCUGGCUCCAUCCAGCGAAACCUCCGUAAGUCCUCCACCAGCAGCGACACCUUCAAGGCUCUCCUCCUGAAGAAGGGAAGCCGCUCCGAGACCAGUUUCAGGAUGUCCGCCGCCGAGAUGCUUCGCUCCACUGACCCACGCUUCCAACGGACGUGCUCCGACAGCGCGUUAGACCCCCCUGCUUCACCCUCCAGCCCGUCCACCUCCCCCGGCCGUGGCAAAAGGGCGAUGGACAUGGAGUGGAACCGCUACGACGCCUUCACGCUGUCCUCGCCAACCUCGUCGCCCUACUCCUUUGGCGGGUCAAAGUACGGACGCUCUCGCAUCCCCCCCUCUGCUGCCAGCAGCAAAUACAACGCCCGGAGCCGCAUCCUUAGCAGCCCGAUGACUGUGAUCUGUGAGCGGGAGGGGGAGCUGGCUGAGAGCGAGCACGGAGACACCGGACCGGCAGUCCAGACCCUCCCAGCACUCAGAGACUCCACGGGCACAUGAUGAGCUGGACGCUAAUGUACCGUAAGCAGGCAGGGGGCUGGAAGAGGAGCCAGUAGGGGACCCAACCUUCACCCCCAUCAUGAUGCCAGCCCAGUGGUCACCUCACUGUGGACUGCAGAACAGUCUGAGGUGGAGAACUGGUUCAGCUCCUGUGAAUUUAUUUUCUCCUUCCAUUUCUCUUAGUCUUUUAAUCUCUUUUAAUUCUUGAUUUUGCUUUUUAUUUGUGUUUUGUCGUCCUAGUUUCUUUCAAGGACCGAGUCAAGAACACACACAGGUGGAAGUGUGGAGUCUGGACAUGUGAACUCCGCUGCACCGAGUAGUAAAAACAAAGUUGCAGGUUUGCUGUUUGCUUUAGAAAGUGACUGAAAGAAGCACAGACACGACAUGUGGAGGACGUGGUGCAGCAGCCGGAAAGCUACUCGGUACAAACUCGACGGCUUUCUGCUCGAUUUUCAGGUUUUUAGUGGUUUUGAGUUCACAGGAAGCGCAGCAGGUUCAGUGCUGCCACCUAGUGGUGGGAUCAGAGAGGACUUUACUAAACUAAAUCAGCAAAAUCAUACGGAAAAGAAUAACAAAAGUGAUUUUUUUGUUUGUUUGUUUGUUUGUAGGUGUUGCACUGUGCAUAGAUUGUUUUUGUUUAUAUGUUUUAAAGAGUUAUUUUACAUGUCUGGAGUUUGAUCUUAUAAAUGUAUAGCAAGAAAAUCCCUUUUUUUAUUGUUCAGGUUUAGAUUUUUGUGGGUAACCAAAGAGUUUUACUAAUUAAACAGAACUGUUCUGUUCAUGUGAGCACAGUCUGAUCAUCUGACACCACAUGAUGAGAUCUGUUAAAACUUUAUGGCACUUAAAUGACUUCUGUAACGCUUUUUAUAACGUUUCUGCAAAGUUCAGUCUUUUCCUUCUUCCUAGUUCCGUUGUAAAUACACAGAGAAAUAAGUUUUAAGGGAUUUUAUUUUAGAGUUUGUACAUUUUUAGAGCCUUGUUUGUUGAAGGGGAGUGGUUUCUUUUUUUUAUAUAGACUAUUAUUUAUUUUCUCAUCACUUUGGUCAAUCAGGAAGUUGAUGGAGGACUCUGAGAAACAAACGUUGGGAAAGAGAGAGAGACCACAUUUACCAGCCCUAUCAGAUAGUUUUUAUGCCAGAAUGCUUCAAAGAUGCAAUAAUGUCAAUAUUUAUGGCUCCAUGUAAAUCUGCCGCUGGCGCUCACAGCUGAGUAAAUGUGGUUCCUUCAGAUUUAUAAACGGGGGGGCUGACAGGCGUGAGACGGAGCAGCCCUGUGGUUUAAUCGUCUGUGACCAAAACGAGCCCCUCAGCUCCUGACUGGCUGUGAUUUAGCGCUCGGCUCCGGACUUCUCUCGCUAAACGUCUGAAUCCCACAGGUUUGGGAACAGAUUGAUCGACAGAGGAAGAAGUGGGAGUGGAGGCGCUCUGACUGUCUGUGUAAUAAACAUCUGAGAUAUUUAAA